CAUGAUUUACAAGAAAGCAGAGACAAUGCAGCUCUUUCACCUUCCCAGGGAAUGGCACAAAUGACAGUGCAGAACUACAUGCGAUCCCUGCAUCAUUUCUCAGAAAUGCCUGUUCUCUCGAGAUGGAAUGGUGUCAGCUCUUCCCAUUCUCAUUCCAAUGCACCAAAAAGUGUCACCGAAUGGCUGGAGUUCUCAGAGAAGGAUCCAGUUGAGAUUCUGCUGGAUUUGGGGUUUGGCAUGGAUGAACCUGAUAUCUGCACUAAAAUCCCUUCUCGGUUCAUUAGUUCUGCAUCCAUGGCUAAAGGCAUCAAUAUUCGGGUCUUCAUAGAAGCUCAGAGGCAGCGCUUGGAUGUAGAAUCUCCAAAUUUAUAUGGGCGUUUUCGGCAACUGCAAGUCCUGGAUCAUGUGACCAGUGCCUUUUCUUCGUUGCUGAAUGACAUCAACCUUAUGCAGCAGAAUACAGAAGACAGUAAUGGAGAGGGGAAGGGGGUGGCAGGUGUCCCAAAGAGCAGAGCUGUGGUCUCACCAGCAAAGCGGAGAAGAAUAGGUCAGCUCCUGAGAAAAGUGUCUCGGCAAUCAACGACGCACGGUCCUCCAGUUUACCAUAGUGGUGGCGCAUCUGUUGUUGAUGUGGACAGGUGCAUAACAGCCAGGUCUGCCUUAUGUGAAAACACUGCCUUGGAUGCUCUCAAAGAGGAGAUGCUUCCCAGUGAGGAGGAGGAGGAAGAGGAGGAGGAAGACAAGGCUCUGACUGUAUCUCUUCCUGUACAGUUUAUCACAAGCAAAACUCGGAUGUUGCCUCAUCUGCCUAUUAAACAGGCCCAUUUUCUUUCAACCUCUGAGAUGCCUACUAAAGACAGACCCCGCAAGGAGCCCAGUUUGCUUUUGAACCACAUGCUCAAGAGGGUAUCUGGCUUAAAUGCCAAGCCUUCGGAUUCCUUUGAAAUGGAAGAGAUCCAGAGCUUUGAGGAUGAAUCUUCAUGGGGAAAUCCUCUUGAAAGCACUUCAGAUGUGAUUGUAACAAGAACAAAUAGUUGUCAGUCUGACAGCAGUGGAUUUCUGGAAGAUCCAUCAGAGCCCUUACCUCUGCAGGUCUUAUCUCUGCCUGGGAAUUUGAGACUUAGUGGCAACAUCUACGAUAAUCAAGCCUACCUGAGACACAGGAAGGAGUCGGCUCUGAGCAGCCAGGAUUCUCAUCCCCAUGUAGAGACAUCUGGUGCUGUUCCUUCCUCCACCAAGGGUGGCAAUGUUUUACUACUGCCCACUCUAAGCAGAGAACAGACUUUCCCAGGGGAGGAAGUUUUCUAUUCCAUAAAUGAAGAGGACGACCUAGUGGAGAACUCCAGUGGUCCAUAUGAAGGUGCAGUCAGUGAAACAGGAAGUGAGACGCAUGAGACGGAGUUGCAAGAUCAAAGAGGACAAUCGGUGAAAGAAGAGGAUGGUUGCAUAGAAGACCGCAUUGCUUGCCAUCAUAGUAACAGCCUGGAUCAGGACAACACUAGCUCUCCAGAAGAGACCUGGCCUUCAUACUCCAGCGAAAUGCAUGAAAAUCCAGGCUCUACUGCCACUGAGAUAGGGUGUGUAAGCCCCACUAUACUCAGCAAUGAGCAGAUAUGUGUAGACAAAAAAGAAAGUGAGGGACUUUUGACUGAAGAGGAAUCUGGAGGACUAUGUAGAGGAAAUGAAGAGGAAGGUAUUGGAGAAAGUGUAGAAGGAAAGCGGUGGGAUAGCAAGUUGGAUUUUCCUGUUCCCCCUACAGACAUUGGUGUCACAAACGACCAUCAGGACUCUAUCAAACCACCUGCUGGUUUUGGUAGAGCAUGCAGACCUUCGGAUAUACCUCUGGCAUCCGAAAUUGAGCAGGGGGACCCAGCUGCUCAACAUGAGAUCAGUGCUAUUUCAAGGAGCCCUCUUCAAGAUUCGAGCCUUUCUGUAUAUUGCCUUGAAGAUGGAGAGACUCGCUCUUUGAAUGGAUUACCAGCAAGCACCAAACUGGACAAAGGCAAGAGUGUCCCUGGCUUUGAAGCAAACCAUGGUCAUUUCAGAUCUGUAACUGUCCAGAUGCCUUCAAUGCUCAUGUUGAGUAUGCAGAGCAUCCACUUGGACGAUGCAGCUGUCAAAGGCCGGUCUUUGGAUGCCACAUCCAAGGCCUCCCGGCAUUCUGAGGAGAAAACUCUAACUUCUUCAGCACUGGGCGCUUUAAAGGAAGAAGAUAAGGAAGUGAAGGAAGCGUCUAUUCAAACUGAGAGGAGUGGCACCGCGCAAAAAGCGUUUCCCCUGUUUCCUUUCAUCCCUUCAUUUAACAGGCACAGUCAUCUCGUAAAGUCUGCCUCUCUAGACACUGGGCUGCAUGGGGAAUACCGACCUUGCUGCUAUGAACCUUUUCAUGUCUGGCGUGCCCAGCAUGGAGGUCACUGCUGUCCUUUGAGCUCUCAUCACUGCUGUUCGCUGCAGUCUUUCCAUCUAGCUCCUUUGUGCAAACCUCCUGUAAUGUGCUGUUCCUCACAUGCCACCCUGGAGCUACAGCUUCUGAAAACACUGAAGCUACUGCAGGACACAGCAAUGAGAAACGUUUCUUCUUGCACAGUUCAUGAAAUCGAAGCGAUGAAAAAUUCGUGCCAGAAGUUUCGCAACCGUCUGGAUGAGAUUGAGCAGCAGCUGAUAGAGCAAGAAAUCCUCUUUUCCAGCGCUAUAUCAGAUGAACGACGAGGGGAGAGGAGACAACUCCAGGCCUUGCGCCAAGCUGUUCGACGAGAGGUGGCUGAGCUGGAAUGUCAGCUGAAGGAUCGUGCUCGCCAGCAGCUGGAUCAGUUGUUGGGCGAGCAGUCUAAUCUGUGCUCAGAGCUUGCAAUUUCUGAAGCUCAGAGUGAGCACAGUCUUCCAGAGGCUACCGCCGAUGCUGCCACCACUACUUUCUUGUGUAGAGCUGGGUGUUCCAGAGAUAUCCAUCACAGACCUCCAAGCAGGAGUGUGGCAGUCUCGCCCAGCCCCUCAACUCCCUUAUUAAGAAAAACUGAGGUGCUGCAGGCCCCACCUUUACCUCCAAGCAAGAAGAAUUCUACAGCAGACUCCAAGGAGCUGCACAGCAGUAAAAAGGAAACAAAAGGUCCUCCUCAGCCCAAACUGGACUUUAAGGCCUUUCUGCAGAAUCUGAAGAAAUCAUUCCGAAAUUCUUUUGGCAAUGAUGCAACAGAAGGAAAAGACUGAGGGAUGGCAUCAUUUUUAUGUGAUAUGUUCUUCCACAACAUUUUUUUGAAAGCAGCUCACAGGAUCAGAAUGAAGCAACUUUCUCAUUAAUGUUAAAAUUGCUUUAAUGAGAUUCAGGAUUGAGAAAGACAAUAUCUGGGAAUACUGGGAAAAGCCAUGAGGAAAGAUGUGGAUUACAGAGAUAUGGCCUCGUUGGGAACUGCGUGCUGAACAAUUUGUGAUCUUGCUUGCAUCUCGUACUUUAAUGGUGUCAAGAAUAUGGUGGUCAUGAACAAUUAGCCAUUGUGUGGCUUUUUCUAUCUCCAGUCCAAUCUAGACAUUUAUUUCCUGUGAUUAGGCACCAUCUGCCAAGAGGAAUUUGAACAGCAGAGACAAGAACUCUGAGCCAUGGCAUUUGAAAACUGGCUCCAUAAUGUCUGUGCUCCUGGCCCCUUCAGCUCCACAAUAGCUCAAGAAAUGUGGUUGCAGGUGACUGUCCCUCCUCUGGUCUUGGCUCAAGUAUAUUGUUAACAGCCGCCACUGUUGCUGGCCUUUAGUGGCCUCUGAUAGUUGUUAAACAACACUUAAAAUAUAGCAGCACAAAACAUCAGAAUAUAGGCUUUCAGUGUUAAUUGUUUCCAGCCUCUGUGAUCAUGAGGUAGAUAACAAAGCUGUCCUCCUGUUCUGAAUAGGUAGCCAGCCGAAAUAGUACCUCAGGUUUCUUUCUCUGUCACCUAGCAGCCUGGUGCCCUUCUACCCCAUGA